CCAGCGCCAUCAAGUGUCGAAACUGUGCAUCAUGACGGGUAGCCCUUUCGGAGUAUGAUUAUUGCUAUCCGAAUCUGGCGAACAUCCAUUCUAAUUACACAUCUAACGAUUGAAACCGGUGAGUGACUUUAUUCCUUAAACAGUGCGUUCUCAUCCUUAAGUGUUGCAAACGACAGAAAACCCCAAUUUUAACCAUAUAAGGUGUUGAGAAAACUGGAAGAUGACUUGAUUUGUAAAACGUCCGAAUACCCCUGGCUCUCUUGUGACCUCAUUUCCCUCGAUCUCUUCGAUAAAAAAGAAAAGGCGGACAAUCAAAAUUAAAGGUCACAUAUUUCAACAUGAUGUUGCUGUCGUAUUCCGAGUUGAAGGAUUGGUUUAGUUGGCAAUAUAUAGGACAACAGCUAACUCCUGCUGGCUGAAAAUCUUCUCCUGCUGUUGUUGGCGAGAGAAAAGAUCAGAUGUAGUGGAAGAAAUGGAAAAUGAAUCACCACUGCCCCCUUGUGGAAGAAAAUGCAAAUCUGGUGAAGAUGUUGAGUUAGUGGCUAGAGUGUCAACACCUGAGCUGGAAUACCUUCCAGCACCAUCUAGGAUGACCUGCUGUCCUGAGGGUUUAACAUGCAUGCUAGUGUUUUCAAUUUUUGCAGCCGUCCUAGGAAUGUUUCAAUUUGGCUAUAAUACAGGUGUCACCAAUGCUCCCCAAAUAAUCAUAAAAAAAUUUAUCGAAGAUGUGUACAGAGAUCGAACAGGGGCUGACAUCUCGAACGAUUUUCGUGACUUGCUGUGGUCAUUGAUUGUAUCUGUGUUUGCUGUAGGUGGGAUGAUAGGAGGUAUGAUAGGGGGUUCCCUAGCUGAUAAAUUUGGCAGGAAAGGAGGCUUGCUUGUAAAUAAUGGUUUUGGUAUAAUUGGAGCGGCUCUUAUGGGAUCCAGCAAAAUAUCACAAAGUAUAGAAAUUUUGGUUGUAGGAAGGCUUAUUAUCGGAAUGAAUUGCGGUGUAAAUUCUGCUUUAGUGCCAAUGUAUUUAUCAGAAAUAUCUCCGCUUACAUUAAGAGGAGGCUUAGGGACCGUAAACCAGUUAGGAAUUACUAUUGGUCUUCUGUUGUCGCAGGUGCUAGGUAUACAAGCCAUUCUUGGAACUGAAAGAGGAUGGCCUUUUCUAUUUGGAAUCUCUGUAAUUCCAGCAGUUUUGCAACUUCUCAUUCUUCCUUUAUGCCCUGAAAGUCCAAGAUAUUUGCUCAUUUCAAAACAGCAAGAAUCUCUCGCAAGAGAGGCAUUGCAGAAGCUUAGGUGCUCAAGUUUAGUAGAAGAGGAUAUAGACGAAAUGAAAGCUGAAGAUAGAACUCAACUGCAUGAACCUGAGACGGCUUUUACGGAAGAGUUUCGUAUACAGCCACCACCUAUGCAAAUAACGAUAUGGAAACUUCUUCAAACCAGAUCCCUCCAUCUUCCAUUAGUGAUAGGAGUUGUAAUGCAACUCACCCAACAACUUUCAGGCAUAAAUGCUGUUCUUUAUUAUUCAACUGGUCUUUUUAUGGGUGCUGGCCUCCCAGAGAAUGCAGCCAAAUAUGCAACGAUAGGCGUUGGUGUAGUCAUGCUCAUCAUGACAUUAAUUUCUAUUCCUUUAAUGGAUCGUAAAGGUCGUCGGACUCUACAACUCUACGGACUUGGAGGGAUGUUUAUAUUCAGUAUUUUCAUCACUAUCACUAUGCUUGUGAAGUUCCUGUAUCAUUGGAUAGCCUAUUUCAGCGUCGCUAGCACACUCUGUUUCGUGAUAUUUUAUGCCAUGGGUCCAGGACCCAUUCCAUGGAUGAUAACAGCAGAACUGUUUUCUCAAGGGCCUCGGCCAGCAGCAAUGAGUAUAGCUGUUACAGUAAACUGGUUUGCCAAUUUCGUGGUUAGUUUAGUCUUUCCGCAAAUGCAGAGAGUAUUCGAGAAUUACACAUUUUUGGUUUUCACAAUGUUCUUAGCUGUUUUUUGGACUUUCACUUACAAGAAAAUUCCUGAAACAAAAAACAAGACAUUCGAAGAAAUAUCUGCUUUAUUUCGAAGAGACGAUGAUCCUAUGAAUAUCAACGGAAUGAACGUCCUACAAAAUUCUCUUCAGUCUCCAGAGAUGCUGUAUGAGGAUAAACCUUUGGAUCAAUGUGAGUUUCAUCAUCGACACCAUUGUCGCUUAAGGAAUAUGCCUGGUGGACCACAUCAAGUUCAAGUACAACCAAAUCAUGUUGAAGAUGCUCUAUGAUGCAAUACAUAAUAUCAAACAUUCGGUAAAUAAGAUGUUGCAGAUGCAUACUCAGGCUUUCGUGAGAUGAAAUGAACGGAAAGUGUAGAACUCACUCUUUAAUUUCUUCAAAAUCAGAGUCAAGAAACUGCUCUGUUUGAAGAUAUCAGUCACCAUCUCUCAACUCUUGGUGUUCACGUCUUAGCUCCUUGACCAGUGACAAAAAAAGCUUUCUUAAUGAAUCAUCGAUCAGAUAUUCAAGGUUUUUAGAAGCCAUCAUUUCUGCCAUUAGAAGUUCUUCCUAGAAAUCCUGUACAGAAAAGUCUAAAGAUCUUUUUAUGUGAAUAAAGAUAUAUAAAUAAAUAUAUUAUACAUGUACAUUUAAAGAGAACUUAAAAAAGAAGUUUUUAAUGUUGGUGCCUUCAACUUUAUUUCCCUUCAUGAUUUCCCCGAAAAACAAAUAGGCAAAUACCACGGGGUAAGUUCUUCCUAUUGCAACUGAAAAGAAAUCUACCAAAAGAAGUUCUGCUUGUUAUCUCAUUCUUGAGAAUAUCAAAUUAAUUCUAUCGAAGAUGUUACCUAUGAAAUACAGAAUAUGUGCUAAACCGUUUCACAGCUUCAGUUUUAUCAGUAUCAUUCAGGCUUAAUGUCUCUUUUUGUCUUCUUAGAUUUUAAAAAGUAGAGUGUUUUACUAUUUAUUCAACUACAUGUGAACUUUAUUUGGACGAAAAUUACAAACUCAGUCAAGAAUUUCUUAAUCUUGAAGUGUUGUUUAAUUGCUCAGCGACACACUAAGAAGAUCAGAAGAAUUUAGAUUUCACAUUUAAAUGUUUUUAUAUAUGAUUUUACUUGAUUUUUACUCGCUUGUGUUUUCACAUAGAGAAGUAAGACACUUGUAUUUUUCCCCUAGUGAAGUGGAUGAAAUCCAAAAUAUUUUGCAUCAAGCCUUGUGCAAUAGGUAUUUUUCAGACCAACCUCUAUCAGCGUCGUUAAAACGAAAUAACACUAUUUCCGACGUUAGAAAUCAACUUUAGUGUUGUAGAUAUUGUUCAGCCGUUGUAUGUACUUAAUAACACGUCACUCCUGCUCUAUUUUGAGCAGCUGUUUAGUGCAAUAUGUUGCAAUUUAAUGAACAAAAUAUGUUGUUGAUUGUUUAAAUAUAAAAUUUAUAGAAAAUUUUGAGAUCUAUAUUUCGUGUCAGGUGAAAAAUCUGGCACUGUUCGUGCGAAAUUUUAAUAUGGACUAAUUAUAUGCAUUGUGCUCGUGUUAAAGUUUAAUGAUAAAAAAAUAAUAAGCAUGAGAGUAUGUAUGCGUACUAAAAUUUAGCUCAAUAAACUUUGAACUUUUUGUAGUAAAUAAAAAAUUUCCUCUCAAACAACAUGCAAUAGUUUUAUUCACAAUACAGAACUUGAAACAUAUUUAUCUUUUUCAUUUGGAUGAAAGAAUUAUGACUAUUGCAACACACCAUUAUUCUUUACGUUAUUAAAUAAAUAAAUACAUGAACUAAGAGUUAUUAAGAUAACCAUUUAAUUCGGAAAUCUUCAGCUGUUUUUACAUUAAACUUCUUUGCUCCAAACUCCGCCAAACUCACCUCUAUUUUGCUUUUUUGUUUUUAUUGGACUAUAUGAAUCACUAAACUUUAUACAUAUCUUUAGAA